GCGAGUGGCCAUGACAGUGGAACUCUAUCUGCGCGAGAGGUGACUGUAUAGAAAAGUGUAGUGUUUACAAAAUUGUGAGUGUUGUGUAUUCGAAAGUGAAUUUGGAUUCUAUUUUGCUAUGGAUCUUUUCUUAACUGAAUAGGAUUUUCACUAUAAAUUACGGGAAAUCAUCCGGUGAUGAAGUUUAGAAGACAAUAUGGAAAAUCAACGGAUUUGCAGACAAAAACGAAUCAUAAAGAGGACGAUAAUUAUUUUUGUGAUGUUUCUUUCACAAACCAACUGCACUGACAUUAGAAAUGAUAAUACCAAUACUUUAGAUAAUGUACCCACCUGCCAUAGCUGUCUAAAUAGUCAAGAUGUAAAUAAAUCAAACGAUGACAGUAUUGUAGGUAAUAUAAUAGAUACAGUUAGUGAAUUUUGUGAGAAAUAUGUAUUUGUAAAUAAUACUGAAAGAGAUUUGAGUCACGUCUUAGAGAAAGCAAUAGACGAAGCAUUGAAAAAAGACAAAUACGAAUUAUUUGAAGGAGUCGAAAUUAAAUCUGUGAGUGUGAAGUCUGAUCAAAGUAAAGAAGAUAACGACGGGAGGGCGCUAUUUAGUUCGUACACUUACGAAUACAGAUUGUUCAAGAAAAUUAAAGAUUUUGUGGACACGCAUAUUCUGUCUAUAAAUUUGCCUAAAGCAGCCAGACUUAUUGGAUUUAGAUCAUUCGGCCUUAAGAAGUUCUUCCUUCCCUUGCUGAUUGGGAUGCAGGUUUUCAAGAGUAUCCUCUUGGCGAUGUUUUUACCCAGUAUUUUGGGAAGUUUUGGCAAAAUACUCGGGAAAGGUAUAUCCACACUAUCGGCCACGUCAAGCCAGGCCAGCUACCCACCAGCGAACAACGAAGAUCCUGGCUACGAUAACAAAGAAGCAUUCAUGGGAUACGAGACAAACAAUGCGGGUCAAUUCGCUUUACAGGAUUAUAAUGGCGAAACUGACCCCAAUGAUAGCGCAGAUGAUAUGUCCAGGUUUGGGCCAGGGGGCCAGAAAGUCUCGUAUCUGCCAUCCAAGAACAGCUACUACAAGAACCAAAUGACUAACAACUAUAAGAAUUUCCAGAAGAUUCCAGCAUCAUCGAUGAUCCUGAGUAAUUAUGACCCGUUCUACUCACCCCUUCUGUCGAGACUGGACGGCAUCUUCGCGAGUCUCGGUUUAGCCCCGAGCGAGACAUCAACAGACGCCCAAGGACAGGCUUUGAGUGACGUGAAGUUGGAAGCGUGUCGAGAGCAGCUAAUCUGCCUGAUGUAUGCUAAUCCAGCGAAAUAUGCGCCCUACAGUAAUUUGGUCUCAGCCCAACUCAGCAGGGAACUAAACGAGCUACGACGCCCGGUAUCGGAUAACCCAGAAAUACUCCGUUUCUUCAGAUACAUGAGAUCAGCGCGGAGGGGUCAAGAAGGCACCGACUGCCUGCAAUUUAGCACUGGGUGCACAGUCUCCACUCCCACUCACACUAUGAUCGCUGCCUACCACGAUAUUAACAAGCUCGUAACCGCUAGACGGCUCAAUUUAGGGAACUGACAGUCAUAUAAGCACAGAGAGCAAAUCAAUGCUCCAUUAGGACCAAUCAUAAUCAACCAAGACUUCAUAUUUCAUCUAUGCAGAUCAUUAGUACAUAGUUGUAUCUACUUCAGCAACUAUCUCUUGAGAAAGAAACGUUGAAUUUGAAAAUGGUGGAUUGUCGAAGUAGGUUACAGAUUAAGAAACUUGUCAUUUUACUAUUACAUUUACGACAGUCAAUAAAGUUGUAAUUUAAAAAUGCUGAAUCUAACACAGCAAACAUUACAUUGUAAUUUAUAAUAAUUUUACAUACAAUUAAAAUGGCACCUAGAUUGUAUUUAUUGCGAUGGAGUUUGAAUGUGAUUAAAUGGUUUCAUUUCAAGAUUACUAUUAAAUUGAAUGAAAAUAAAAAGAAUGGUACUGUUUGAAUAAAAAAAAUGAGAGUGCUUCACGACACUGGAGUACACUUAAAUUUGGAAAGCCAGACAGAAAGGCGAGUAACAAACGCUUUGAUACAUAAUGGUAGUCUUCAAGGUCAAACAUUUAGUUAUAUGUAAAUAAUAAUGUGUAAAUAAAUUUAUUUAUUAAUUACUUAGUAUUAAGAUGUUAUGCAUGUUAUUUAUUGUGUGGAUGUGAACCUUUAUAUUUAUAGACUUAUUGAAUGUUGUUAUAAAAUUAUAUAUCACUACUUAAGAAAUAUACUUUUGUCAUACA